GCGUGCGCACUGAGGCAGGCCAGUGCAUCUGUGCACGUUUGGCGCGGGAAGUCUCGCGGGACCCGGUUGCCGGCCCCGGUGGUGCUCGCAAGCUGCGCGCGGAACGUAGCCGUCGCGGUCAUGACCUCCGCGUUGGAGAACUACAUCAACCGUACUGUUGCAGUAAUUACUUCUGAUGGAAGAAUGAUUGUGGGAACCCUCAAAGGUUUUGAUCAGACCAUCAACUUGAUUUUGGAUGAAAGCCAUGAACGAGUGUUCAGUUCUUCACAAGGAGUUGAACAAGUAGUAUUGGGAUUGUACAUUGUUAGAGGAGAUAAUGUUGCUGUCAUUGGUGAAAUUGAUGAAGAGACAGAUUCAGCACUUGACUUGGGGAAUAUUCGAGCAGAACCUUUGAACUCAGUAGCACACUGAACAGGAGAAACACAAGGAUGCACAAGGACUUUGUAAACUUUGGCUGUAUAGAACUAUUUAAAAAACAGCAUGAAGAAUUUUUACAAAUUGUUAUAACUUGGUUGCGCCACACUUUAUUUUGUGAAUGUGUUGUAGUUUGAUAUGUAAAUUAAAAUAGCUACAUUUUAAUGAAGUCUCUCGUAUAAUUUCACUGCAAAGUAAACAUACAUCUAACAUUAGGAUUUAAUUUCAGUGGCAGGCUUGACACUUUAUACAUAAACGACUUGUGAAUGCCACUUGUGAAGUAGAAACAUAAAUCACUACUCUUGAAGGUGAAAUGUGCUUUACUGUGUUGAUCUGUAAAUUAUACUUCAUAAACACAAGUCAAUUUAACUUCUGCCAUCAAGUAGCUUUUUUUAAUGUGUGAUAUUUCAGUAUUACAAAUACUGACGUGUUGGACACACAGUUCUGGUUUGAGUGCAGGAUUGAAAGUCUAAUACUAGGAUCCUUGUUUACUAACCUGUAUGUGGAAGUUUCAUGAUGCAUGUUUCCAAAGUAUUGCAAACUUGCCUUUAUCAAGUUAAUAGGACUGUUACACUGUCCUUGUGAUCACAAACCAUCUGAAUGUAUUUUGUUUAUUAAACUAUUCCAGCAAUCACACCAAUUCACAAAUGUCAUAACUUUCAUAACUUCGGUGCACCUCUGUGGUGUUUGUGAAUUUCAGAAUAAACAUAAUUUGUUGUCACUUGCAUUAACACACCUUAGGCUACUAUAAUAGUGAGAUCUGUUCACUGUGAACAGGGGACUUAAACAGAGUAGUCAGAUGGAAGAAGACUGUUAAGGUCCAGAACAAAAAUGAUUCUUGUCCAGUACUCUAAACAGUCCCUCUUGCAUCUUAAACUUUAGGGAAGAGCUGAAUAAAGAGAAUGAAUUGUU